AUUACGACUGUAAAGGAGGACUGGGGCUUGGUCUUGAAGUUUUCAGAUGCAUCUGUAGAUGAAUCAUAACAGCAUCAAGAUGUCGGGACGAUCAGGCCGCGCCGAGACACGAAGUCGCGCUAAAGAUGACAUCAAAAAGGUCCUGGCAGCCAUUGAAAAAGUGCGCAAAUGGGAGAAGAAAUGGGUGACAGUUGGAGACACAUCCUUGCGCAUAUUCAAGUGGGUGCCAGUAACAGAAACAAAGCAGAUAUAUCGCACUAAAUCCACAGGUGGAGAUGUUAGAGGACUGAAAGAUGUGGUCCUGGAAAAUACUAACUCGUUGCUGGAUUUCACUGAUGAAAACAGCAACCAGAGCUUUCUGUCAGAUGUUUACCAGCCUAAAAUGGAUAACAGCAGCAGCACUUCAAGCUCGCAGCAAGUCAGCCCUCCACAUACCUCCAGCCUCCGAACUGAAGACUCUCAGCCACCAAUGCUGGGCCAGGAGAGUGUGGACGAGCCAGUUCAUGCAGGACCGGAUGGGGCUGAUGAGCCUCCUACUCUCAUAAAGGAGGACCUUCUUUCCUCAGGAACUGUCAGACGGAGCACCUCAGACACACAGGAUGAAUUGGAUGAAUCAGGAGCACCACCUUUAAAGAAGAUUUGCACAGGAGAAAAUGCUGUUUUGAGAUAGCUUAUUUAUAAUGAUUUUGUUAAAAUACACAUGAUCCCUGUCCUUAGUCUAAGGUUCUCCUGACAUAUUUACGCAAACAUUACAUUUCAGCAAAUGACAAAAAAAGUAUUUACUGCAAAUUUUUUGUUCACUUUUAAAGGUCUUUCUGUUUUAGGCAAUUUCUGAAAUAAAUGGAGAGGAUUUUUCAAACUUUCUGUGGCAAGUUGCUGCUGUUGCUGGCAGGGUGUAUUUCAAUUGUAAAUAUAUAAUUUUUCUGGCAACUAACUGUUUCUGAUUUACUUGUUAUACAGUUAACCUUUGCUUUUGCAUGUUUCCAUAUUGGUAUUAAAUGCGUAGCUUUAUGCAGAUUGAUGUUUAGAUGUGUCCUUUUUUGGAAUACAAUACUCUUGGGUUAUUUCAUGUGAGAAUAAAAUGUUAUUUUUUAAUAUUUAUAAUAUAAUUUACUCAUGUUUAUAAGGAAGACAUUGUAAACCAUAAUAAAUGCUUCUUUCUAUUUCCA